AUGAAAUCUUUUCUGGUAGCAUUUACCACCUUGAUGGCAGUUGUUGGGCUUGUUGCGGCAAUGCCCGCGCCACAAGGUGUGGAGGCAGACGUAAGGCUUCCUAGUCUUGGGGAGGCGUUGGAGGCGGCGAAGGGCGCUUCAGCAGGAUUUGGUAAAAUCUAGGGUACUGCUGGCAUAUAGGGGCUGCAGGUAUGUACUACAACAAAGAGGAUACUCCACCUCACCCUCAGCAAACAGCGGAAUGCCGAGUGAUGCAGCUGGUACGGCAUCAAAUACUGAUAUAGGGCAUAUGUCAGACACCACUGCUUCUCAAUAUACUGCGUAAUAAUCACCAGGCAUCAGUAAUUUCUCUUAAGAGAGUUUACCUUAUACCGCGUCACGCUAAGCUCAUCUACGUCCACUCUACAGGAGACAUUGUGAUCUAGCCGGAGAAAGAAGAUAGUAAAGAGAUGCGGAUAAAUGGCUAAACCUGCCUCGUACCAGAUAAGGAAGGCUUCUACUUUGGUUGUUUCAAGACAGCCCGUGGCAGAUCUCUAGGACAGAGUUCGGUGCACCUUUUAGUGAUAAUUCAACAUAUUUAGGGGUUAUUUCC